CGCUGACUGGGGAAUCUUUCGAGGACUAUAAAUUUGUGGAUGUAACAGUGGUUGAGGACAGUUUGCCACCGGAGAGGUCCCAUUUGACAUGGUUUGGAAGGAAAAUGGCAAGUUCGGCAUUCACACCGGCCGAACCCUCCGAAAGACUUCAACGAGUCCUGGUAAAGCUGACUGCGGAUUCCUUAUCAAAACUGUUAGAAACCAAAACAUCCACUUCACUGAUGAACAAGUCAGAGGUUGUCUAAAAAAAUUUCAAAUAGGAGACGGCCUCGAUGAAGACAAUGUGGUGAAGGAAAGCCGUGAUGAUCACCAGUGGCGCUUUGGCGGUGGCAGGGGAUAUCUUGACGACAGAGUGUUGUAUUCCCUUGGAAAACGUAAAAGAUGGCUCGUAUCAAUGGUUUUGAGAGAUAAAAUACCCGAAGAUUUCGACGCUGAAAACGAUUACAAGGUUAUCCUUGUAGAAAGACUAUCAGUCCAGGGGUCUUCGUGGUACUGUUCUUCUCCAAGGCUCAGGCGAGGCGAUUGUCGGGCGGUUUUAGAAGGGGAAGAGGCGAGGAAACCGAAACGAAGAAAGUUCGCCCAUGUCGGCGAUUUACGGGGUAAAUCGAACGAUUCCAGCAAAACUGAAAUCGUUUACGAGGUGAAUCAAACGGAACCUUCUUCAUGUUGGCCAAGCUACCUACAGCACGAUCGCGACUGGAGGGAAUUCAGAGCGGAAAACAAGGCUCGAUGUAAAACAAAAGGGGUGAAGAACAAAACACGUCUAUGGGGAGAGUUUAGUAAGUACGAUUUGAACAAGACUGCCCACCAAACUUUGCAAGAAAGAAUUCUUGAUUUCAGCCCAGAGACUGAUCUCGGUAAGGACGAGCUUGUUUCAAGCUCAGAUAACCAAGAGAACUUUUCACUAUUGAAUAAAUGUGACUUUGAUGUAGGAAAAUACAUUUCUGAAGUUUUAGCUGCAACUGCUGCAAAAAGUGACCGUAAGAUCGGCAAGAAAAAUGAAAAGACAAGUGUCCUCAAGGAGACAGAAUUAACGGCUGUUAACCCAGCUUCUUCUCAGUUAGUCAAGUCCCAUGGAAAAGGUUCUGCAGUGCAUGUUGACCGUGUUAACAUUUGGGGUGGUAUCCGUGACGACCCAGAGAUUGGCACUACAAUUGCUCAUCCAAGUGUGCCAGUAGCAACUGAGAGUGUUCCCCAGAAUAGGUCAUUUUCUGUAGAUGUUGACAUCAUCAGUGGCAAACUUGACAUGCAUGCAUUGCAGGUGCAAUUUGGAGAGAUGUACAUAGAGGGUGAAAGUAUACCUCGGCGAUUCAGUAUUGGCCUCUCAGAUCUGUCCACAAAGUUUGUCUUCACAUGCCAGCCUUAUAGUAUUAAGACUACAGAGGAGAGAGCUGAAAGAGUUAGUGUUUCUGUUGUGAGUGAUGCCCUGCCUUCCCAACAAUCGCAGCACUGCAAGGAAUUCUUGGAGAAUUUCUUUGGUAUUUUGGAGCAUGAAAGCAAAGUUAUGGAAAAACCCCUACCUGCUGAUAAAUGUUCACUUGGUUGCAGCCCAAACACAAGCAACAGCCAGCUCAACAGAGUAGCAGUCAUGCCCUUUGAUUUGUUGUACGAUAUCAAUAAAUGUUCCCACAAGGCAUCCACUGUGAGUCUGGCUUUACCUGAUAUUCUAAGAACUGUUGCACUUUGCCCUGCCCCAUCAGUUGUGGCUGCAGAUGGAGGAGCCAAAACUACCAUUAUACCUGAGACUGUUGUAUGUGAAAUCUGUUGCUGUGAGUUUUAUCAUGACACUUGUGAUGUUACAAGGACUUUGGCUUUUCCUUGCACUGCUCUGAAGUCCUGUCUUCACUGGUUCUGCAAUGAAUGCUGGAAAGCUUAUCUCUCUGCACAGUUACAACAAGGAAAAGUAUUCAUCAAAUGCCCAGCAUAUGACUGCAAUACCAUUGUUGAUGAUGUGACACUUAUGGGUCUUCAACCCAACAAGUUCCAUAAAUUGAUAGCCAUGAGACAAGAAAAAGCUGUGGAGAUGAGUUCUAAGUGGAAGUGGUGUCCUGGGAACAAGUGUAACCUGGUUGUCAGGGCAGCUUCACUCAAAGGCUCUAAAGACAUAGGGGACAAGACUGCUUCAUUGCCUGUCCAUUGUCCUUGUGGGCACGACUGGUGUUUUUCUUGUCAAGAGGAGCCCCACUGGCCAGCAUCAUGCUAUGAGGCUAAAUUUUUUCGCUCGCAGACUGAAACAUAUGAAAAAAUUUUCAAAACAAAAACUGGUGGAAUAACUUCUGUGAGCAUAAAGAGGUGCCCUCACUGCAGCUAUCCCAUUGAAAAGAAUCAAGGAUGUCCUCAUAUGGUUUGUGGCAUGUGCAGGGGAGAAUUUUGUUGGACCUGUCUUGGGCCCUGGAAUGAUGAUCACUGGAGUGCAGACUGCAACCAAAAGUUUAAAGAAGAGGAGGAGGUAGAGUUAGUAAAUGAUAUUGGAUCAACACGAUUUAAUGCCAAUUUGCGGGUUGCCAUUGUGCACCGCAUGGCUAAAGCUGGUCCCAUGUUGUACAAGAAGUACAGUGCUGUUAAGAAGCUUGAAGAUGCGUUGCAUGCUCAAGAAGCUUUUCAUAACCAUUGUCUUCAUGUUAAAAGAUCAACACCAUCAAGUGUUAGUUUGUUGCUGAGCCUUUACAACUCUCAUCAUCUCCCUAAGUAUGUCAAACUGUCAGCCGAUUUCAAGUUUUUAGCUCAUUUUGUGGUAGAGAAUGUCUCAAUUUUAAUGGCAGUUUCCAAAACAAAAAGGGGACACAAUAUGCUGAAGAGACUUGUAUCAACCCUGCUGUUUGUUGCAGACAGAUUAGAACAUAUGGCUAGUAACAGAAAACUUUACUUGCAAAGGGACAAAGUGCACUUUGAAAUGCUCUUGAAAGCAGGGAAGCAUUGCAUCCACUGUGUGAGAAGGAUCUGCAUAAAUAUUCAUCAACACUGAUAGAGAAACCUUUGAGAAACAUCAGAUUGAAAUUGUCAUUUGGACUGUGCACAUAUAAUGAACAGUUAUGUACUACCUUAAAAAUUUGAUUAAGAACGAUGUGAGAUAGAAUAUAGACUAACUCAUUGGAGGGAUGGGUAUUAGCGGAGAUAUGAAUAAUGAAAAAUGAAAUGUGAGUAGGAUCCAGCUGAACACCUGGAAUUGUAAAAGUAUACCUUGUGAUGACUUAUAAUUUUUUUUGGUAUACCAAAUCAUUGAAAUUUCUUCUGGAUUUUUCAAAUAAAAAAGUACUUUAA